CCCGGCCCGGGGGGGCCGCCGUGAGUUCCCCACGCGUGUCGUGACAGCGCCGUCAUGAGCGGGUCCUUCGCCCCGGCCCCCGCGGCUUGGAAACUCCUGCUGCUCUGCCUCGCAGCCUCCGGGUCCCUGGCGGGGGUGCUGGAGAUGGAGCGCAGCGUCACCGCGGUGCUGGGCAAGGACGUGGUGCUGCCGUGCCACUAUCGGGCGCAGGAGGGCGAGAAGGUGGUGCAGGUGACGUGGCUGAAGCAGGGCAGUGACGGGCAGAACGUGGAGAUCGCGGUGCUGAACUCGGAGUACGGGGAGCACGUCCAGGAGCCCUACGCGGGGCGGGUGCUGCGGCGGGUGCCGGGGCCGCUGGAGGACGGCGCCAUUGUGCUGAAGAACGCCGUGCAGGCCGACGAGGGCGCCUACGAAUGCCGCCUCAUCACCUUCCCCUCGGGCAACUUCCAGGGCAGCAUGACGCUCAGCGUGCUGGUGCCCCCGCUGCCGACCCUGAACCCCGGCCCCCCGCUGGAGGAAGGGCAGGGGAGGACGCUGGCCGCCUCCUGCACGGCCGAGGGCAACCCCAUGCCCACCGUGACCUGGGAGACGCAGGUGCGCGGCACCAACAGCACCCGCCAGUCCCUGCACCCCCGCUCGGCCUCCGUCACCAGCGAGUUCUUCCUGGUGCCCGGGCGCAGCAUGAACGGCAAGACGCUCACCUGCGUCGUCAGCCACCCGGGGCUGCCGCACGAGAAGAGGAUCACCCACGUGCUGAGUGUCGCCUAUCUCUCGGACGCCUCAGUGCGAGGGCACGAGGAGGAGGAGGACUGGCAAGCGGGCAAGGAGGGCGUCUCGCUGAAGUGCCUUGGCGAGGGCAACCCCCCACCCACCUACAACUGGACCCGGCUCAACGGCCCCAUGCCCGAAGGAGUGAAGGUCAAGGGGGCCACCCUCCUUUUCCAGAGACCCCUCACCCCCGACGACACGGGCGUCUACAUCUGCCAGGUCGCCAACAGGUUUGCGGCCAAGGAAGUUCGGGCCAGCGUCAGCAUAAAAGCAGAGAGCGAGCUGCAGAAGGUGAACGUGGUCUCGGCCUCGGUGGUGGUGGUGGGCGUCAUCGCGGCCGUGCUGCUCUGCCUGCUGGUCCUGGUCGUCGUGUUCAUGACCCUCUACCACCGACGGAAGACCAGGCGCAUCUCCGAGAAAUACGAGGAGGAGCUGACCCUAACGAGGGAGAAUUCGAUCCGGCGUCUGUACUCCAGCCACAGCGCCAGCACCCGGAACCAGACAGAGGAAACCCUGCACCUGCGGGGGGACAGCCGGCAGGGAAGCCUGCGGGGGGACAGCCUGCGCGGCACCAGCAUCUGCUCCGUCAUGAGCGAGGAGGCAGAGGGGCGCAGCUACUCCACCCUGUCGACGGUGCGGGAGAUUGAGACGCAGACGGAGCAGCCCCCGGCCCCAGCGCCCGCCCCGGAGGAGGAGAAGAAGGAGAAGGAGAAAGAGAGGGAGGAGGAAGAGGAGGAGGAGCGGGAGGAGAACACCAUCAAGGCGGCCAUGACCCACUUCGUGCAGGAGAACGGCACCCUGCGGGCCAAGCCCACCACCAACGGCAUCUACAUCAACGGGCGGGGCCACCUGGUGUGAGCCCGGGGCCACA